CAACAAAACAGCAUGGCCAGUUAAAUUAAUAAAAAAACAAAUAAAAGUAAAUUAAUGUCCGACCUUAUGACCCAAAAACAUCAGUUAGCCAGUUUCCUUCAUUGCCAUCUAUCGUCCCUUUUAAUACAAUGGUUGUCUUGGGGUCUUUUACCUGCAUAUUUAAAGAAAGGGGUCCACAUCCUACAAAAAUCAUCCAUCUUACAUUUGAAUCUGUAUGUUAGGGAUUCCAUUGGCAGUAAGUCAAAUAUCACUUUGUGCCAGCUCCUAAUUGUAGGUGGAGCAUUAUCAAUCCAUCUAAGCAAUAUAUUUUUCCGAGCACUGAGCAGCCUUCUUUGAUGAGACCCUUUGAUAUGAAGCCGAGAAGCAGGACCUGAGGGUCAGCAUCAAGCUGGAUGUUAAAAAUCAAAUUAAGUUGGCUAACAGUUUUCCCCCAGUACUCCUCAACAUGGAUACACGUCCAUAUACAAUGCCCAUCUCUCCCCACAUUUUGAGAAGCCUGUGCGACUCCUGGUUGCCAUCUGGUGGUAGAAGUUUUAAUCAGCUGAGUGUUCACAUGAAUGUUUUGAUUUUAAAUGACUGUAUAGUUCAAUUCUUUAACUUUGAGUUAGUUUCUUUGUUUAUUGUUAUAAAGGUAAGGUACCCAGGUAAACUGUGUGAACAUGCAUGUGGAAUAAAGAAAACACAGAGACCACACUGAGCACUUGAUUGCUGCUUGUAUUGUGGUUUUGGGGGUGAUAUUUCCGCCUCACUCAUGUUGGUCUCUCUUUUUCUGUAGAAUCAAGUGUCAGUUACAAACUGUAGGAGUUUGCAUCUAUAGCUUAGUCACAUACCAAUUUAUCCAAAAGAAAAAAAGAUAGCCAGCGUGACUCAAACUCAUGGAGGCCAGUGGAAAUUACCUAUCACGCACAAACCACAGCUGGCUGUCGAAAUGAGUAUGAGGAUUACACAGCAGCUUCCUACGCAUCGACUGAGCCGUCCAUUUUCCUGGUUUAAAUAUACUUCAGCUUCUUAUUUCUGGCAGCAUGACUGAUAGUCACCUGACGUCGGUCUGUAGCUUCACUGCAUGCAAUGAGACACAAGAAGUUUGUGAUUUGUUAUCACAUAUGAACAUUUUAGUCCCACCCCUGUGGAAGAUAACAUAUCUGAAAUACUUCCUCUUUAUUUCUUUUGACAUGCUUUUGGUGUCCACUAUCAGUGUAUGGUGCCUUCAGUCCUUGAUAUUAUCUCACAUAGUUUCUUUUUUGAGGUCAUAGUUGAACAUAAGUCUCUUUUAACAGCCCCUCAUCAUGAAAAACAACAACAAGUCUAUCAAAAAUUUAAAAAAAUGUGACAUGUAUGGACACGGAUCAGUGGACAUCUUGAAUAAAAAUCCUUGGGAUGCUUCAUCUUACCGUGCGUCACGCCGUGCCUUCAUGUGACACAACAGGAAUGUAGAAAGUUUUGUUUCCUGUAAACAGGUGCAACAACAACAAGUGAUGAUUGUUAACAUGUCUUAAAAAAAUCAUACAGUCACCACGCUGCCUGCUGGACUGAGCUACCAUUCCUAUGAUCAGCUUCAGAAGGAGAAGAGACUGCAAACCUUCUGCUGAUGACUGACUGCCAUACAAACAUGAGAGACAGGCUGAAGCACCUCCAUCAGGUGGAGACGGACUCUGAGGGAUUCAGCACAGUGGAGCUACAUGACCUAGAGGCAGCGACAGCAUCGAAUCCUGACCUGGAUGGAGUUCUACAAGAGGCCCAAGAGAUACGUCUGGAGAUCCAGCAGAUCCAGAACGACGUCAAGGACCUGAAAGAUGUGAACUUCCAGACCUUAAACAAGACCUCAUACCCCAUUGCGACAAAGAGGGACUCCAGUGUAAUUGGGGCGGAUAUUAAGCGCAGGGGAGAAGCUGUCCUGCAGAGGCUGCACAUGUUGAAUGCUCUGAGAGGGGAGCUUGAGUCAGAGCGUGGAAGCUCUGAUCCCACAGCACGCAUUGCUAGAACGCAGUACCAGUGCCUCGGCAGUGCUCUGCGGGAGGUGAUGUUCAGCUACAACGACACAGAGAUGAGCCACAGGGAGGCUUGCAAACGGCAGAUCCAGAGGCAGAUGGAGGUGGUGGGCAGGGAGGUCAGCAAGGAGGAGCUGGAGGAGAUGAUGGAGAGCGGGGAGCUGACUGUGUUCAACGCCCAGCUGGAGGGCAAAUCGGUCCGUUCGGCUUUCCUGCAGAUCGAGAGCCGACACAUGGAGCUGAUGGAGCUGGAGACGAGGAUCCAGGGGAUCCAGGAGGUGUUUCUGGAUGUGGCUGUGCUCACAGAGGAGCAGGGGGCGUUCAUUGAUAACAUCCAGAAAAAUGUUCAAAGUACUGAGGUGAUCACUCAGGAGUCAUUGGUCAACCUAAGUGCAGCAAUUAAAUCUGAUAACAAGAACCCCAUCAAGAGUAUGUUCUGUUGCUGCAUUCCGUGGUAUAAAAACUAGAUGUGAUGAAGGCCUGCGGUCCACGUGCACACCACGCUCCACCAUCUGCACUACCAAAAAUAUGAAUGAACAAUCCUUUAAGACAUUUUAAACCAUCAGAAAACUGCUUUGAUAUUGACAAAACCGUCUCAACACAAGAAUCACUGUUCAACUUACAAUCAUUGGAUCAUGGGACUGAAUUAGGUUUCAUUCAAAUGUUUGGACAUUUAUAACGAUGAGGUAAAGUUGAAGACAUACUAACAACAGAAUCAACUUCCACAGGAUUUAUCAAGAAUAUACACCAGCAAACAUCCACAUCUGCAAACAGCUCAAUAGUUUAGUAAGAGGAUCUGAAACAUGAAGCUACAUGUUCUGCAGCUUCUGAUCACAUACCAGAGAUUUCAUCAACUGCUGCUCAUUUCCAGAGGAAAGAAUGAAGUUUGAAUCUUUAAACUGGGAUGAGAAGUCUUCCAAGUGCUAACAGAAAAAAUGUAAUCAUGUAAUCAUUUACAGUUUGAUGUCAUGCAACCUAAAGGCACUGCUGGGAUGUAACUUCACUCAUAUACUGAACUCACACACACUCCAGUACACUUAAACAAGGCUUAAGUUACAGAUUACUUUGUGGUAUAUGAUAUGAUGAUGCAUCGUGACACAUUAAACCACCCAUAAGUAUAUAAAAUAAUCCAAAUCAGCUCGAUUUCUACUUGUCUUGUACUUUGUUUUGCCUGUUUAUACUUACAUAAUACUUCCUACUUACUUAUACUUCACUUUUAUUUGUAAUUAAGUAUUUUCACAGUCUGGUUUUGCUACUUUUACCGAAGUAAAUGAUCUGAAUACUUCCUUAAAUACUGUCAAAAGAUGCAGAACAGCUACUAAAUGCACUUUGUGGUGAGACUGCUGUUUAUAAGGUAAAUGAUUAAACUUGGAAUUGUUAUUUUUUUUUAUGAUAAUAAAGUCUGAUGUUUGUUGUUUGCAUAGUAAUGUGGAGGUAAAAAGUUUUUAUAACUGUGUCUCAUUUUCUCUUUCAAAUCUGAACGCGCGUCGUGCGUAAAAGUCACCAUCGGCGCGCACUGAUAUUUCAUAAAGCAGCAUUACAUGAUGAGUGUGAUGGG